GAGAGAGAGAGAGAGAGAGAGAGAUGGAGCUAGAAAUCAUCACCAUUAUCAAAUCAUACAUGGAGGGGGAGAUCAACAACUGUAUCAAGGUAUAUCUUUUAGCCUCUGUGUCUUUAUUCUACUGCUAUGUUGCAGGCAAGAUUGUCCCCAAAGGAAAGCUCAGACUCUUCUCUCUCAUCCCUGUGGUAUGUCUCAACCUACUUCUCCCUCUAAAUCUACACACCAUGCACCUUCAAGGCUUAACUGCUUUCUUCAUAGCUUGGCUUGCCAACUUCAAACUCCUGCUCUUUGCCUUUGGCAAGGGUCCGUUAUCUAACCCAUUUCUCUCUCCUUCCCUUUUUAUAGCACUUGCUUGUUUCCCCAUUAAAAUCAAUGAAACCCCUUCUCCAAAACAACUAAAAGACCAUAAUAAAGAAAACAUGUCUCCCAAAACCUCCCAAAAUGGCCAUAGUGAACAAAACCCAUCUCCCAAAACCUGCCAAAAAGGCCUAAAACCAAUUUGGAAUUAUGCUAUAAAGUUUCUAUGUAUAGCUAUUUUGCUCCGUUUGUAUGGUUAUAGUGAGCAUUUUCAUCCAAAGCUUUUGUGGUGUGUCUAUAGUCUCCAUAUGUACUUAGCUUUGGAAACAUUACUAGCCAUAGUGGCAGCCCUGGCUCGAGCCCUGUGGGGCAUGGAGCUUGAGCCACAGUUCAAUGAACCCUACCUCUCAACCUCUCUCCAAGACUUCUGGGGUCGAAGAUGGAACAUAAUGGUGACCCGAAUUCUACGCCCGACUGUUUACGAACCUGUGCUCCAUACUUCAUCUCGGGUCAUGGGCCGAAAAUGGGCUCCACUUCCUGCCAUUUUCAGCACAUUUUUGGUGUCCGCCAUAAUGCACGAGCUUAUAUUUUAUUACUUGGGUCGUACAUGGCCCACAUGGGAAAUCACAGGGUUCUUUUUGCUCCAAGGUGUCGCUUUAAUGGUUGAGGUUGCAAUCAAGAAGGCGUUUUCCGGCCGGUGGCAGUUGCCUUGGAUCGUCACGGCUCCAUUAACUAUCGGGUUCGUGAUGGUUACCGCAUUUUGGCUGUUUUUUCCUCCAUUUUUGAGGUGUAAGUCAAUGGAAAGAACCUUUGCAGAGUACGCAGCAAUGGGUUCAUUUGUGAAAGAUGUGGGCACGGCUUUAACGUCCAAGUAUCUCAACAAUGUAACAACAGUUUAGGAUUUGUUGUUACACCUCAUAUCACCACAAAAUAGGUGUUUUUUCGUCCCUUCAAUGUAUGCUUUUUCCACUUUUCUGCUCACUGGAUUAUUUACCGUUAAUUUAAGCCGAACUUCUUGUAUAAUGAGAAUUCUAGUAGAGAAUUAUGUUAAUUAGGGAUAUAUAAAAUUGGGGUUGGCAAGAUCUUGCAAAAAGUCAUAUGAAACUCACGAUCCCAAAAGGACCUCAUUAUGUUUGGUGGCGUUUGCUAAGG